CGAAAAUCGAAGCGUUGGCAAGAAAUCAGUUCGGCAACAGCGUGCAAACGAGCUGGGACGCACGGCGAAAUCCAGAUUAUAUAGACUUCAGACAAGUUAAGGCAAAAGGACCUCAUACACGUGGAAAAUAUGUGCGACUGCGGCUGCUACUCCUACUGUCUGCAUGACAGCUCCUGCUACAGCCACUAUCACUCGCAUUCUCAUUUGCACUCGCAUCACUGCUGUGCGGGCUAUAAGUAUCUGAAGUGCCUCUGCCGCUACUAUCGCCAUGGGCACUGCACCUGCUCCUGCUGGCGGCGGAAAUGCUAUCUGCUCUAAGGUGGAUGAGGUCCCUUACCAGGAUAUGAGGAUAUAUGAUGAGGAGGAGAUCCACGCCAGAUGUGGCACAAAAGGCAACACCACACAAAUCACAACUCAAACAACGCAAAUCAGCAAUGAAAUUACAAGAUGAAGUCCUUUAAGCAGUUGCAUAACACUUGGCUACAUCCAAUCGAGCAGGAAUGAAAUGUGAAAUAUGUCGUGGGGAAUGGGAACGGAGAAUCAGAAAUGGAGAGCAGCAAACAACUAGCGUGCAUACGGAUCGUAUGUGGAACGUUUUCAGUUGUCGUGUGAGUAAGUGUGCAUGUAUGUGCCUUUUGUCUGUGAGUGAAAAUGGUUCAAGGAUGUGGCUAACAUUGUUAUCGACUGCGUUUUGCAUUUUGCAUUUGCAAAAUCCCCAUUCACACCAAACAUACACCUAAACCCAGUAAAGCAAAUCGAAUUAGUGCAUAAGUAUUACUUCACACCACACAAUAAAUACUCGUUUAACACCCAGGACACAUCGUUACAUAACUAAGUACAUUCAAUGCUAGAGCGUAGUGCGUAUUGGCCGACGUUCAAGGUUCUCGCCAUAUUUGUUACGUUUCUAAUUUAAAAACAAUCCAACAAUAAAGUUUUGCUCCAACACUACUAAAAA